ACUCACAUGCAUUUGACGUAGAACACAAGACAAAACAAACCUCAGUCAUGGCUAGCCGGAGAGAAGUACGGUGCCGUUGUGGUAGAUGGAUGUCGGCUCAACCUGGGGUCAGUUCCAUCCAAUGCACAACCUGCCAUACCGUCACGCAGCUCUCCUCCUCUCUCGUGGACAUAGCGCGUGGUGCGAACCGCGUGCUUCAAGGGCUUCAACAGCUACGUAGACAACAUAAACAACAGCAACUGCAACCGCAACAACAACAAAUAAUGGCUCAACCACCACCGAAGAGACAGCAUAAACAACAGCAACAACAAAUAAUUGCUCAACCACCACCACCACCAUCGAAGCUGCUCGAGCCUCUUCCUUCCCCAUUUGGGAAGAAGAGAGCAGUUAUAUGCGGCCUGGACUAUAAGGGGAAAAGCUAUAGCUUGGAAGGUUGCAUCAGUGAUGCAAAGUCCAUGAGAACUUUCUUGGUUAAGCAAAUGGGUUUCCCUAUUGACUCUAUUCUCAUGCUCACAGAAGAUGAAGCCAGUCCGCAGAGAAUACCAACGAAGAAAAACAUUAGAAAGGCGAUGAGAUGGUUGGUUGAAGGGAACAGAGCAAGGGACUCACUUGUGUUCCAUUACUCUGGUCAUGGAUCUCAGCAGAAAGAUUACAAUGGAGAUGAAGUCGAUGGUCAAGAUGAAGCUUUGGCCCCUUUAGACCAUGAGACAGAAGGAAAAAUCAUCGAUGACGAGAUUAAUAAGACACUCGUGAGGCCGCUCGUCCAUGGAGCUAAGCUUCACGCUGUCAUUGACGCAUGUAACAGCGGCACUGUCCUUGAUUUACCAUCCGUUUGCAGGAUGGAGAGGAAUGGUUUUUAUGAAUGGGAACAUCAAGCAUCAGGGAGAACUUACAAAGGAACAAAUGGUGGAACAGCUAUAUGUUUCAGUGCUUGUGAUGAUCAUGAAGCCAGUGGUUACACUCCUGUCUUUACAGGAAAGAACGCAGGAGCCAUGACUUAUAGCUUCAUAAAGGCGGUGAAGACAGCUGGACCAGCACCAACGUACGGUCUCCUGCUUAACCUCAUGUGUUCUGCGAUACGAGAAGCCCAGUCUCGCCUCGCCAAUGAUGAGAACUACACAAGCCCUGAAGAGACCGCGGAGCCACUUCUAACAUCAUCAGAGGAAUUCGACAUAUAUGCUACAAAGUUUGUGCUCUGAUGAAGGCUGUCACCUAUUCUGCAAAUAACUACUACGCAAACAUCUUCUUUAUCUAUGUGUAUAAAUCAAAUCAUGUAAUGAUAUGUCUGUAGCAUACUUGUGAAAGCUUCAACAAAGUCUCUUCUUUUAAAUAAGUAAUAAAGCUACGAAACUA